AUGGUAAGUACAGGUAUUUUUGUUGGUGUUGUUGAAAAAUAAAACUAGCUUGAUAAACAGGGUUCUAAAUUAGAUCUACAUAUGUAUUUAAUUAUGUAUUUUUUAAGGCGCGGUGACAUUUAAAACAAAAUACUAGAUCCACCGCUCUGUCGAUUAUUAUAUAAAUAACAAAGCCUUGGCAUUAAAAACCCCAACGCAGAAAGACGUAUUAACACAACAUGGGGCAUGUUUCGUCGGUAGAGGCAAAACCCAAGGAGGAGUGGAAAGCAGCCUCUUCUAUAUAUGAAUUUUCUGCAAAAGACAUUGAUGGAAAUGAUGUCUCACUAGAAAAAUACAGAGGCCAUGUAGUUCUGAUUGUCAAUGUGGCCUCUAAAUGAGGUUUCACAGACAAGAACUACACUCAGCUACAACAACUGCACGAAAAGUAUGCUGAGGACAAAGGUCUGAGGAUCCUUGGAUUUCCCUGUAAUCAGUUUGGAAGUCAGGAGCCUGGGACUGAUGAGGAAAUAAAAAAAUUUGCAACAGAGAAAUAUGGUGCUAAAUUUGAUAUGUUUAGCAAAAUAGAAGUAAAUGGAAGUAAUGCUCAUCCACUGUAUAAAUAUCUGAAAUCCAAGCAAGGUGGCACUUUGGGAGACUUCAUCAAGUGGAAUUUCACCAAGUUUCUUGUUAAUAAGGAAGGGAAACCAGUGAAACGAUAUGCACCCAACACAGAACCUUUUAGUAUUGAGAAAGAUUUCAACUCGUACUGGUGACAAAACAGAAACGUGUCAUCUGUUUCGGGGAAAGUGAGUUCAAAAUUCUAGAAACAUUUAUUUGGCAGUCUGAGGAAGAAUUCAUCCAAAAGUGGAGCAUCAUGUGAUUCUGAGACUAGAUGAAGGCCAACUCUAAAACCAUGACACAAUGGUGGAGGCAGCCUGAUGCUUUUUUCGUGCAGUUUUUGUCUCACGAGUCGAUGCAUGUUUCAGCUAAUCGAAAAAUUCUUGAACACACUGCACUAUGAUUUUGAGCUCGCAAAUCCUUCUGUUUAAUUACAACUUGAGUCAUAUGGAAAUUUAUGUUGUAUUUACUGGGUAGUCAUGUAUUGUAAUGUUUAUUAGGAAGUUCUAUGUUUUCCCUAAAGUCAACUGUUUGCAGCAUUUUAAGUUACAUUUUGAACACUUUACAUAAUACAAUAAUUUUUGUUUUUGUAUUAUUAUUUUUUUAUCAGCAUUGUAUCACAUCUUUUCUUCCAUAUAUUGCUUGAACACUCAGAACAAUUUCUAUGAACAGAAUAACUUUUGAACAGUACAUUUACCAACCUUUUCAAUUACUCUUCUCUAUAGAUACCUUGUAUAUUUCAUGUAUUCUUCCUUGUAAAAGUUCAGAAAUAAUAAGUGUGCUCUGAACUUAUACCAGAAUAUUUCAUUAAGAAAUCAUCCGAAUGUUGUGAGCAUGUUUAGAUUACAGUGAGGUUUAGUGACCUUUAUGUAUAUUGUUUAAAAUGUAUUCAUGUGUUGUAGACAUAACAUAUCAAGAAAUUUCAUGAAAAGCAAAAUUUUCUGCUUGGAGUAAAAAUAUAAUUUAUUUGAACUUUCAUUCUAAAAUGGAUGUUACAUAAAUGUGGAACUGUUAAAGCUUACUAUUGUCUGCAGCACAGAAUACACUUAGAAACAUCAACAGCUUGUACAGGUAUUUGAUGAAAGACAAUCCUGAUGUUAAAGCUGUAGAGCAUAUUAUUCCCAUUGUAUACAGAUUACUUUAUUUAUGAAUUUUGCUUUUAUUAAACAAAUAAAACUA